CCCCCGUCCCCAGGAAGCGCCGCGGAGCCUGCGAGCGACCCUCCCUCUCCUUCCCUCUGGCCGGCGCACCUGCUCCGCGGCGCGCUCAGUCCGCCAUGGGGGGCUCCCUGGCCCCCAACAGCUCCUUCCUCGCCACGCCCAGGCCGGGCUCUCCGCAGGGCGGCGGCGGCGCUGCUGGCGGGCCCGGCGCUGCUUCCUCUCCGUCCGGGGAUGGGCCGGGCUAUCGUGGCUGCGAGAACGGGGCCCUGAUGGACAGCUUCGGCAUCUUCCUGCAGGGGCUGCUCGGGGUCGUGGCCUUCAGCCUCCUCAUGCGUGAGUCCCUGGCCGGCGCUCCUCCCCGCCCGCCUGCGCCCUUCUCCCCGGGGAGCCCCGGGGCCAGAGAGACAGAGAAACCCCCGCCUCCGCCGCCUUCCCUGCCUCGCAACCCGGCCCCUGGCAGCCUCUCCAUCCUGCUUCCCUGGGGCGCCCCAGCCCCACCUCCGCGCCCCUCCCUCCUUCCCUUUCCUUGCUCUCCUUCCCUGCAACUUCCUGCGAGUUUUGGUUGUCGUAGCCCGUCGUCUUCGAGAUGUAGCAUGACUGCCUCUCUCUCUCUCUCUCUCUCUCUCUCUCUCUCUCUCUCUCCGGGACCGGCUCUCCUUUCUGUGCUGGUGUCUGAGCGGGUCUCUCUCGUGCUCAGCUGUGCUCUUCCCUCCCGCCCCCUACAACCCCCAUUGCUCCUGGUCUCCCGCCUUCUCCUCCUUGGCUUCCCUCGAACAAUGUGCACAGGAAAACCCACCGCCGCCUCUGUGGCUUUGUUCUGCCUCCAGCUGCAUCCCCGACUUGGUAGCGGAGUCCCCUUCUGCCUCCCACUCCUUGCAUCCUCAGAUGUGUUUUCAACACUGAUUCAACUCCGUAUUAGAAUAUGAAGUACUGUAAUAAAGAUUGCCUCGGAGCAUGGGCGCUUACUGGUGUCCAGGUAGAUAGAUGGGUGUGGGUUUCUUUAAAUGCACUUCACUAAGUUGCCAAAAUCGCACUGCUCAAGGGCCCUUUUAACUUCCUCUGUAUCAGCUAUAUGACUCCUCCUGACAAGUUUGCUUAAUCCUCGGUUCACUGACCCUCCAAAAUGGAGUUAUGUCUUGCCAAGAUUUGCCUUCCCAUGAUGUGACCCCAUGCCCACUGUACUGACAUUAUGGUCGUCAUUCUUUAUGUUUGUCACAUUUGUAGAUGAAUGCUGUUCAAGCUUUCUUUACUAAGUGCUUUUGUCACCUUUUGGAGUAAAUUACUUCUGAUACUAUGUUUUAUUUGAGGCUGCAUGUUCACUUUCUUUUCAUUUUCAGCUUCCUGCCUAUCAAGCAUGAGUUUGGGGAGCAUGUCGCUCUACCUUUAGCUGCUUAAAAUCCAUGGGAAAGUAUGUUUAAAAAAUGAAAGCUCUAGUGUGUUCUAGCGCUUAUUCUGCAAGAAUAAAUAUAGCAACUUGUCUUAUGAAUUGGCUUUCUGAGAAGUGUGGUUGCAAUAGCUGUCUGCCUUCUGCAGCUGCUGUGUGCAGGAAACAUGUUAAUUUGUUUUGAGAUUCCAAAUGCUGUGAAUCUCACAGAGUGGCUCAUGUUUACCAACUAGAUCAUGGUGUUUUUUUAAUGGCUUAUGCACUAUUGCCUGUGUUUAGCUCUUCAGAGAAGAGUUGCACCCUCCAACGUCAAUCAGGUUCCCUUCCUCCUGUGUGUAGCCUGGUGAAAAAAGGUUCAGAACUUGCAUGCUAUUUUGUCAUAUUUUGGUUGGCUUAAUAAAGGUGGUGUUCUGUUGCAGAUUUUGGAACCCUCCCAUAUUUGAUUCUCAAUAUGUGUAUUCUUUAUGCCAUUGACAGUCAUUUUCUCUAUUCAAGUGCUACUCUUAUUAUCACUCUGAUCUGUCUUGCAAAGUGUUGUGCUAAUCCUUUGCACAGUGUUGCAUAGAGACCCAUGAGCUGGCUGUUCACCAUUGGAAGAAGCAUUAUGUAAACUUUUUCUCUGUUUAGCAAAGUAGGUUUACAAAUUUUCUGGCACUCAUCUGUAGCCCAAACAUAUAUUUGGUGACCUCUUGGUGUGUGUGGUUUUGCCAUACAUUUGGAUAUUGGAUGCCCCUUUUAUGAUCCACCUUAUGUCAGACUAAUGCUCGACUGCAGGUCCCAACUCUCCAGUUGAAGACCAGAGUGUCUAAAGACUUCAAACCUUUCCCAGGUCUGCUGUUUGGGAUCCUCAAGUGUGGCUGCAUAAGGACCUUACAGAUGAGCUGAGAUUUAACAUGUAUAAGAAAUGGAAGAAAGGGGAAAUCACGAAAGAAUUUACACAAGUGGUAAAUAGUUGCAGGGAGAAGGUCAUUCUGAGCCAAAGCUCAGACUGAACUCAGACAUGCAAGAGGGGUUAAAAAUAAAUUUAAAGGUUUCUUCUGCUAUGUUUGAAGCAAGAGGAAGAACAAGCCGGUAGUAGGUCCCUUGCUUGGAGAAGAUGGAGAAAUGCUGUUGAGUGACAGAGAGAAGUGGGAACUGCUCAACACUUACUUUGCCUUUGUCUUCACCCAAAAGGAAAGCAGUGCCCAACCUGAUGAUAACAGAGUAAACUAUGCAAGGAGGGAGCUGCAGCCCAAGAUAGGAAAAGAGGUGGUAAUGGAACACCUAGCUACUUUCAAUGAAUUCAAAUAUCCAGGGCCUGAUGAGCUACACCCAAGGGUACUAAAGGAGUUUGCAGGUGUAAUAUCAGAGCCUCUGUCUAUAAUCUUUGAGAAUUAUUGGAGAAUAGAUAAGGUCCCUGCAGAUUGGGCAAAUGUCCCCAUCUUCAAAAAGGGGGGGAAAGAAGACCCAGGUAAAUGCCGACCGGUGAGCUUGAUAUUAAUACCAGGAAAGGUCUUAGAAUGGAUGAACAGUCAGUCUGCAGCACUUAGGAAAGGAUGCUGUGAUUACUAACACCCAGCAUGGGUUUCUCAAAACCAAGUCAUACCAGACAAAUCUCAUUUCUUUUUUUGAUAGUUACGGGCUUGGUGGGUCAGGGAAAUGCUGUGGACAUAGUGAAUCUUCAUUCAGUAAGACUUGACGAAGUCCCCCAUGAUAUUCUUGUGGAGAAGCUGGUAAAAUGUGGUCUGGGUGAAGUUACUGUUAGGUGGAUUUGUAGCUGGUUGACUGACCAGACAGAAAGAGUACUUAUUUAUGGUUCAUCGUUAUCCUGUAAAAAUGUGACAAGUUGGGUGCUGUAGGGUUCUGUCCUGGGCUGGUUGUUCAACAUAUUUAUAAAUGCAUUGGUGAAAGAACUGAGGGGAUGCUAAUCAAAUUUGGAGAUGCCACCAAACUGGGAGGAUGCCGCUGAAGACAGAAUCAGAAUUCAAGAUGACCGUAACAAAUUAGAGAACUGGGCCCAAACUAACAGGAUGAAAUUCAAUAGGGACACAUUUAAGGUUCUACACUUCGGCAGGAAUAACCAGCUGCACAAAUAUAAGAUUGCCAGCAGUACAUGUGAAAAGGAUCUAGGGGUCUUAGUAGACCACAAGCUUAACAAGUGUGAUGCAUUGGCUUCACGUUCAAAAAAAAAAGGAGAUUUCAACUGAACAUCAGGAAGAUGUUUCUGUCAGCAAGAGCUGUUCGACAGUAGAGCACACUCCCUCAGAAGGUGGUGAGCUCUCCAUUGGAAGUUUUUAAGUAGAGGUUAGGUGGCCAGCUGUCUUGGAUGCUUUAGUAGAUAUUCCUGCAUUGCAGGGAGUUGGACUGGAUAACCCUUGGGGUCCCUUCCAAAUCAACAAUUCUAUGAUUCUGUGUGUGUUUAGAAAGGUACAGUCAUACCUAUGUUGUGCACCUGAAAUGGCUUGGGAGGAAGACUGAAUAGGCUCACUCACGUUCUUAAGUGUUAUCUUUUAUUAGUGUGCAGUAAGCAUAGUCUGGAAAAUAGUAGACAUUUUUUCUCUUCCCGUUUAAAAAUAAAUGAGUACAGCUCAUUUUCCAUUGUUUGAAAAGAGCCAAACUUGAUGUAGCUUUCAGAACUCUUAUCCUUUCUGUUGUGAUACAGUUAGAAUGCAUUAAGGCAAAGGUAGUGAAUGUGUGCCCUCCAUAUGUUGUUGGACUACAAAUCACUUCCUGAACAAGGUGGCAGGGUGCUUUGGGGAGGGGAAUCACUAAAAAACCAUGUGGUUCCACAAUCAAUUUUCCAUCAUAACAGGACUCUUUCCACCAUAACAGUUCCAGUUUCCAGUCACCUGAAAGCUGUUUAGAUGUGUAUUAUAUGUAACAUUUUUUCUCCUUCACUUUCCCUUCACCUCCACCAGCCCAUAGACUUAAAUGGACACUCAUGCAUUCAGGUGUAGCAGAUACCUUCAAGUGAGGAGCCCACCCUGGAGUGUGACUGUCAGAUUCUGGGACAACUUGCAGUGAGAUUGGAUAGUGCAGGCUUUUAUUUGAUGCUGAGAUUGGGGGCUGCUCUUUGAUUCCAGGUGUGCCGUUACCUUCCCAUUGGGAACUGAGUCACUCAUUAUAACAAAGCAAUCCUGGGAUGGAAGCUGAUAUACCCUUAUUACAGCAACCAUCCUUUUCUAUGUCAGCGCUGCUUCUUUCAAGACUGAUUGGGGCAAUUGUGGGCCUUUGCUCAUCUUGCUUCCCUUAUUUGUUCCAGUGGGAAGCAGAGGAUUCUUUUCAGCUCUAGCUUGUUUGUUGUUUUCCUCCAGCUGUUCCUCUCCAUGGAGGGAAGGAAAAUAGACUGGUUCAGGGGCUGGUUCAGCUAUUAACUUGGGAAGACACCCUACCAGUAUACCUGAAGCCAAGUUUGUGUUUUCUUUCUUUUUAGAGUUGGUUAGAUGUAAUUGGAGAAACUAUUAGUCUGCAAAUUUAAAUCUAACAUUCUUUCAUUUGAGAUCAUAUCAUAUCUGACUUACAUCAGAUGCCAUAGGAAGGCAUCUUUGUAGCAUCUCAGACAUCCUUAUUGCUGUAUAGAUAUUUUGGAACCUAUUACGUGAUCAAGUUAUGCAACAGAUUUCAGGCACAUCCUUGCCUAUUGUUUUUAAAUGGAGGUGAGGGGAAUUACAGUGGUACCUUGGUUCCCGAACGGCUUAGUUGUCGAACAAAUCGGCUUCCGAACUCCAUAAACCCGGAAGUAAGUGAUCUGGUUUGCGAACAUUUUUCGGAAGCCAAAUAUCUUCCGCGGCUUCUGAUUGAGUGCAGGAAGCUCCUGCAGCCAAUUGGAAGCUGCACCUUGGUUGUUGAACAGACUCCCAGAACGGAUUAAGUUCGAGAACCAAGGUACCACUGUACUCUGUCUUUCCGACAUAGUGAUACUUGAGCUUCCCCUCCCCCUCCUUUCUUCAUUUCAGAUCAUACACAGUUUUCAUUUUUGCUUGUUAACAUCUCUUCCUCACUUGUAAAUAUCUUUUUAUCUUAUAUUCCGGACAGGGUUGCCGAAUCAUAAAUAUAUAAAAGAAGCUUAGAAUAAACAAACCAUGGGCUUCUCUCCCCAACCAACUCUCACGCCGAAGAAAAUCUUAUCUCAAUUCAAACCUUUGAUCCAUGUAGCUAGUAUAUUCCGCAGUAUGUUGUUGCAACCCUUUCCCAUCACACACCGGUACUUUAAAGCCAAUUAAAGAUCCAAUUAAUGGCAGUGUAGGGGGGGGUUUGCCAGGCAAAGCACUUUUACAUUCAGUGCCUCCCACAUUCCAUGCCAAAGCGGGAGCCAGGUACUGAGACAAACUGCAAAAGUUUGAAAGUUUAUUUAUUUAUUUAUUUAAUUCAUUUCUAUGCCACUUUAUUUUUUAAGAAAAACAUCUCACUGUGGUUUACAGCCUGUAUUAAAACAUCAAAUAAAACCAUUGAGAAUAAAAGGUUACUGAAGAAAGUCAAAUAAAAAGUUUGCAUUCAUAGCAACAUAAUUAACAGGAAACUAAAAUGUUCUCAAAAAUUUCUAAAUAAAACAUUACAAAGGAGGCCAACUACAUAAUGCACACUUAACGCAGCAAAGUGAACAAAAAAAUUAUCUGAAACAUUUCAAAAGAAAAGGAAGUCAAAUGCAAAACACAGUUUAAAACCACAUACUGUAAUUAACAAGAGAGUAAAAUAUUGUCAUAGCCUGUGGAUGCUCAGGCUCAAUGAUCUGGGUCUGCCCUAAGAAACAACCCCCUUAAACAAAAACUAUAGUGAUAUGUCACGGAAAGACACUACUUUUUCUCAAAAACCUGUAGUUGCCUGAAAACAGUUACUGUUAAGAUAAAUAUUCUUUUAUUGGGCCAAUAAAAAUGGCUGGUGUAUGUAACUGCCAUUAUUUUUAAUUUUAGAAUGAGUGACAGGUGGAGUAGAUGCGGAACCUUGUUCAUGUGCGUAGUUCUGUUACCCAAAGCUUGGAGCAGGCCCCAGAACUCUGACAGGUUUGAAAAGAUUUAAUGCUUAAAUGUGUGGUAUGUGGUAAAAUUUGUUGGAGUUUUGCCAUCUUAUAAAAAAAAUGCUAUAGUGUUUUUUUCAAGUAGUUUUUAUAAGGGAUAUUGAUUAAUUUUAUAGAUUCAGAUUGAUAUGCUAGGAAAUAAGAUACAGUAUUUAGUCUAUUGGGCUGUGGAUUUUUCAAGCUUAUUCCUUUUCUUUUUCCAUGCCUGUGGAGCAGCAGAACACUGAAAUCAAAGGAGGAUAGAAUACUAUUCAUACUGGAGGAUCUUAAUAAUUAUAGGAGGUUUUAAAGGUCAUUUACGUGUGAAAUUCUCCAAACUGCACCUCCAAAGUGGUCCCCUUUCCCCAAUAUCUCCAUCCUUUAUAGGCAGUGUGAUCUUACCUCAGAGGUAGCUUUGGAUAUGACCAACAAUUGUAGUCCACCCAACAUGGAAGUGACCACGAAAUAUACUCACUGUACUUGUUUAUCAUUUCUGAAGCUAUUUUUUGUUGCUUAGGAAAGCCUGAGUAGUUGGUUUUACUGUUAGGAUGGGUCCCAUCAACCAACAAUUUGGGACUUCUUUCAGUUUCAAAGAGAAAAGUGACAAAAUGAGGAAACAAGUUGGAUAAUUUGAUUGAGGUAAGCGUGGUUGUUUUUGUCCCUAGCAAAAACUUACAGGAAAUUAGUUUUGUCUUUGAAUCUCAGAUUCAUCACUUGGAGCACUAGUCUAAAAACUUCUUAUUGGAGUAACUGCUAGACUCUUAAGUUUUUCUUGGGGCCCUAUAUGAUAAUACGGUUUAGUGUGUCAAAAGCCAAUUAAUCACAGUAUCAUUUAACAGUCUCACUUAAAAGUACCUGCACAAUACAGUUGUGAAGUCCCCUGCUGUGGAACCAUGCUUGAUCCUAUUAGAUGGAGAGGCAUCUCCAGGAGUCUUUUAUGGUGUAGAAAGGGCAAGAAUUAAAUUUAUCUUUUGUCUCCCAACUACAAAAUACUAUUGUAUUUAAAUAGCAAAGUGGGGGGAAAUACAAUAAUAGAAGUGGGGGAAAUUUAUUUCUGCCUCUAUGUGCUUUUCAGUUGCAAGGUAGCUGCUGAUAAAUUCUGAAACAAAUCUAGCAGAUUGCUGGAAAUACCUUUCAGCUUUUUCUGAAAUGGGAUCAGCAGUGUUGAUGCUUCUUGCUACAAUUACAUAAAUUAGACAGAAUCUCUUUAGGCUUUGAACUUAAUGCUUAAAGGGCUGUUUAGUCUAUCAUGAGCAGAUUUUUAGAAAUCAUCUAAGAAUAUUGAACUCGAACUCUUAAUCAGCUGCUUGUAACAGAUUAAAAUGUUCUUUGUAGCGCAUUGUGUGCAUAUCUUUAAAAGUGUGGAGUACUUUUUUUAUUAUUACUCAUUUCAGAGUUAGAGAGGCCCCAUUCUUCCUUACCUGGAGAGAUGGGCGAAAAGGGGAAUUAUUCCUGAUGCAACACUGAUUUCAGAAACAGAAGAGAAUGGGAGAGGCCUCUUCCUGAUUCUGCACUGAACCUAGAUGCUUAGAAAGCAGUGAGGUUUCUUGCACAUCCCUCUUUUUGGUUGUGCAAGAGAAGGCCUCUCCUCUCCCCAGAUGGGAGGGGUUGUGAGCGGGAGCAGCUUCCUGCUGGGGCAGGGAGGCAAACUCGGCUCCCUGCUCCUGAUUGCUUCUGCUGCCAUGGCCAAGCCUUCCAGCCGACCAAUAGGGCCGGCUGGUGGGCGGGGCUAGCCGCAUUUAAACCGCAGCAGCGCUCAGCUCCCAGUCUGUUCCUGCUUUCUUUGGAUCUCCUGCCCUCCUUCCCUCUUAGGUCAGCUUCUUUUGCAUAUUGACCUUGCUAUGGACUUCGGUUGGUUGCCCAAGGGGCCUGGUAGGACUUUUUUAUCCAUUUGGCAAAUUGGCACCAGCCUCUUGGUUUUUUCGCCUACCUUGUAGCAAUUCGUCACAACUUUCUGGUAUUGGCGGUUAGGCAUUGGAAUAUGUGUGCUGUGUUGGAGGAUUGGGUAUGGGCCAUCAUCUACCCCUCCUCUUUGGGGUAUUCCAUUAAAGGAAUCCGGCGGUUGUGGAUCCUGUCCGAUGCCCUGCUGGUGGCUAGGGCCAUGGCAUGAGCCCCGGUGACGUCAUGGGGGAGCUUCCAGUUGUAUUUGCAUCAACAAGCUCCUCCCAUUGGUUGUUAACCCUGAUAUGACUCCCGGCUGUGCGGAGUGGAGUCUUGUAUUGCUGUUUCAUCCAAUGCCUAAGCUAAUACUACUCACAUGCUGUAACCAACAAAAGUUGUGGCCUAAUUUUGCCCAUUAACCUAAAAUAUUGUGUCUUUGUGUCAUAUUAUACUCCUUUGCGGGUGGAGUGUCCUCAACUCAAAACAGGAGCUUAUCCCACACAGCUGGGCUGGGAAGAGAUACUGUCUCUCUCACUGGAGGGGAUAGGAGAACAAAAAUCUGCCUGGUUACCGAGAUCACCCUAGAUCUGGUGACUCUGUUCUGUGCCUAAAGCUAGAAAUGUUUUAAAGCACUUCAUAGUAAUUAUGUCAAAGUGGGCAAAAUAGAAUCCAGUAACUAGUAUUUAUGGCCUCAAAUUUGUUGCUUUUUGCUUGUGUUGACCUUACCAUUCCUACUGUCUUCUAGAUGUUUCAAAACCAUAGCAAAUCCUGGAAACCUUUGAAUUGUCCUUCCUCGGUCUGGUACCCAAUCUGGAGAAGUUUUGGACUCUACCUCUUAUUGGCUCUAGCCGACAUGGCCAAAGAUCAAGAAUGAUGGGAAUUGUAGUUCAAACAUGGGGGGACAGAACACCAGAGGAAGGCUGCUUUAAACACAUCUACAUCGUUGACAUUACCAGUAAAAGUUGAUUCACAUGUUUUAUAUUUAUAUUUAGGGCUGACUGUAAGAGCUAUGCUAGAUCAGUCCAAGAGAUCCUGCAUCAUGUUUUUCACAGUGGUAAGCUUAUUCUGCUUAUAAGCUAAUUUUCUGCUUAUAAGCAGAAUUUCAAGGCAAAAAAUUUCCUCCAUUUCUUGUCCAUCAGCUUCUAUUGUUCAGAGGCUUACUCCCUUUUGGCACGGAACUGUGUUGUAGCUAUCACUGUUUAAUAGCAUUGAUGGUCAAAUGUGUAUGGGGGGAUCUGAUUACCAUAAAACCAUUUGCCAUCACUGUAGCCUAUGACAAUCAUUUUUCAUAAGUUGACUAUGUGUUGUGAGGAAUAAUUCCCUUAGGGUUUUUUUUUCUGAAUUUAGGCGCCAGUCACUUCAUUGGGGGACCAGGGUUCUAAAAGAAAGAGAAAAAUCCUUCUGCAUACCCUUCUUUAUAUUAUAAGACCUGUCUCCCUUCACUCUGAAGUAAUUUUUCUAAACUAAAAAGGUGAUGGUGUACCCAUUUUAGGAAGCUGCAACCCAUUUGUGCCUCAUUUUUUAAAAAACAAGUUUUAUUAAGGUUUUUUGUGUUACAUAGCAAAUAGAUAAACAAGGAGCAGCACAUCUCUUGUCUCCGCUUUCAAUUGUGCUUCGUUUUUUAAAGACUCAGUACUUAGGGUGUGCCAGAGGAGUGUGGUUAAAUAAAUCAUAUCAGUUUAAGAAAUAAAAUGCAGCAUAAGAGGACCAUAAAACAACAGUGAUAUUUAAAAAUGUAUCAAAGGCACAGUGGGAUAUGUUUUUGCUGCCUUCCUAAAUUUCAAGGGGGGGGCAACCUCGUUUGGGAAGGUGUUUCUAACAAUCUGGCUGCUCUGCUGAGAAGUCUUGCUCUCUUGUCCCUGCCAAGCACACCUCCCAAGGUGGUGAAACACAGAGCAAGACCUUAGAUGUUGACAGUGGAGCAUGAGCAGGUUGGUGCAAGGAGGGAGGGCGGUCAUUUAGAUCAUCUGCUCCCAAGCCAUUUAGGGCUUAAUGAGUAAUAAAAAGCUUUGCCUUGUUCAAAUUAUAGAAAACAUAUGCCAAUUAAAGAAAUGGCUUAAGUGCAUGAUAGUGAAAAGUGUAAUCUCCUGGCUGAUCCUUGUUACUGUUCUGGAGACUCCCCCACCCCCCGCAUUUCCAGGACUUUAUGCUAUCAGUUUCCUGCUAGAUGUAUUGCAAGCUGAAGUCUCUUUAAACAGCUUUCUGCAAUUUUCUUGGAUUCUUUUCUCCAAAUGAAGCAGCAUUAGAGAGCUGGAAUAGACUCAAUGUUUGUUCUCUCCAGGGGGGAAAAAGAGAAUCUUUUCCAACUUGCAGAUUAUAUUUUCUAAUUCCUUUUCAGUUGACAGCCUACAGUUUGCCAGUUGGCAAAUCUCAACUUCAAUUUCCUCUUACUACUUUGAAGAAUUCUGGUGCUCUGUAUGCAAACAACAUUUUUUAGUGUCUGCCAGUGAAUUGAUACCGUGCUUCAAAAUUAGCCAUUUUAAAAAUCCAUUGUGAAAAUACUUUCUGGUCACUACCAGGAUUUUGCAGGAAGAAUCCAACUGCAUACUGUAGGUUUCGGUUUGCGCAGUUAAAGUGGAUUAAAGCGCUCUGGCACAACAAAUCCACGUUGUUGUUGUUGUUGUUGUUGUUUGUCUAAAAUAGAGACUUUUGCAGUUAGGAAAGUAACAAGGACAUGUGCUGAAUGUUGGGAUACUGCCAGGGAGACAAAGGCCAUCAUGCCCCCAAGCCGUCUCCGUUGCGAUCCAUCGAUCUCCCGUAGACACGCAGUAUCAUUCAAUUAGCGACAUGAGCUCCAGAAAUAGCUUGCCACAUUCCAGAGCUGGUGCACGCUCUAUCAGCAGAAUUCGCACAGCGAAAGAUGCACGCAGGAGAGCAUUAUUUACAACUUUAUUCAGCGUUGGUCAGAACAAAGAAAACAUGACUGCCUGCGUUGAUGUCUCAGGCACAGAGAGAGAAAUGAAAGCAAUAGACAAAACAUAAACUUCCUAUGAACAGGAAAUACGCAGACUCUGUGACUCACAAAGCCUGCUUUUAAAGUGGAACGGAAAUAUCCUAACAUCCUCCCCCUUUCCGUGUAACCUGUAGUACCUGUGGUUCAACCCAAUUGCAACCUUUGUACAUAAACCUUAAGUUGUUCUCUGUUAACAACCUUAGAGAACAGAUCAGCAGUUUGUUUUGCCCCUCCUCCUUGACAAGCACACACGGAUCAGCUUUGCCCUGGUGAAAACCUAGAGAAAGCAAUGUCUCAGUGAGUUUUGUGUUCCAACACCUGGCACUCUGCUUGAGACCAUAUAAGGAUUUCCGAAGUUUGCAGACCAUUCCCUUCUGUAUUUGCAUUCCAUCAGGUGGAAGCAUAAACAGCUCCUCCCCCAAAACCCCGUACAAAAAAGCUGUAUUAAUGUCAUGAUGGGAAACAUGCAGUUUCUCCUCUGCAGCAAUCUUGAGCAUCAGCCGAAUGCUCUCAUACUUGACGGUGGGUGAGUAGGUCUCGUGGUAAUCCUGUCCUGGUACCUGUGAAAAACCUCUGGCAACCAAUCUGGCUUUGUGUCUGACAACCUUGCCAUUCUGGUCUGUCUUGGCCUUGAAGACCCAUUUGCUGCCAACCAGUCUCAUUCCUGGGACUACCGGUACCAGUUCCCAAGUUUGGUUCCUAUUCAAGGAAUCAACUUCAGCCUUCAUGGCAUUUAGCCAAGGCUCAGCACCUUCUCUGAGCUACUAAGAACAGCAGUUGCUGUCUUAGCAAACUCAUCAGCAAAUCUCUUUGGAGAUCUGCCUUUGGUGGCCCUUUCAGACCUGCGUACUAGACGCAAGUCUUCUAGACUCAUCUCCUCCUUCUUAGGAGAAAAGUGACCAAUGGUGAACAGUGGUUCUUCCAGUUCAUUGUCAGACGCAUCAGAUGGUCUGACUGAGGCCUUUGCGCUCUUGUAGUCUGCUGUGUCAUCACUGUCGCUGACACCAGCAGCAGCGCCGCCCACUGAGCUGGAAUCCGAACUCUGAUCAUCAUCCUCAUCCUCAGCUUCCUCUUCUACCUCAACAUCAUCUGCUUUUUUCACAUCACCUUCAUCUUCCUCUGGGUAACUCUGGAAAAUUCCCACAUUUCCCCCCCACUUAGGAUUGUACUCAACACUCUUUGUGAACUUAAUGGACUUAGAGUCAGUCAUCCAUACCCUGUAUGAACCUUUUUCGUACCCCAUGAACAAACCAUGUGCCCCACGCUUCCCAAGCUUGUUGCUCUGUGGGGUGUGUACCCACGUCAGAACCAAAGAUUCUCAUGUGCUUGACGUAAGGUUUCUUACCAAACAUCUUCUCAUAGGGAGUACAACCAAUAGGUGAUGACAGUCUCGUGUUAUAGGAAUAAACAAACGUUGACAAAGCCUCCCCCCAAUACUUCUCAGGGAGUUUGGCAUCAUGCAACAAGGUUUUUAGGCCUUGAAGCAAAGUCUGAUUUGCUCGCUCCGCAAGUCCAUUCAUCCAUGGCGAUCUAGGCGUUGACAAGUCAUGCUGGAUUCCCUUCUCAUUCAGGAAAUCUUCAAACUGCUGAGAAGUGAAUUCCCCGCCCCGAUCAGUAAAGAGACAGCCGAUACAUUUACUGUGAACAUUCUCCAACCAAGCACAGAAUGCCUUGAACCUAGGAAACACUUGCGAUUUGUGCUCGAGCAUAAACACAUGAAUGUACCUGGAAAAAGAAUCAAUUAGAACCAUGAAGUACCUUGCUUCACCCAAAGAGGGCGCAAGUGGACCAACCAGGUCUGCGUGGACUAGCUGGUAGGGUUUGGAAGCCUGCCUGCUAGACUCCUUGCCUUUUAGAGCAACCUUCACCUUGUUUUCUGCACAAGAUACACAUUUCAUGUGAUACUUACAGGGCUUGAUAUUCAAACCCUGAACCAACUCAGGCAUCUUGGCCAGUGCCUGCCAAGACAUGUGAGCAAACCUUCUGUGUGCCUCGUGAAUGCAUCCUGCAUGAAGAACUUUGUUAGUUUGUGCAACACAACAAGAAUCAACAUUUGACACAGCAGCACCAUUGUCAUCAUAAAUUAUACAGAACAAACCAUCUACAAACUUUGCAUGCAAAAUGUCCUCUUUGCCUUUCCUGAUGACACAGACGCUCCUCUUGAAGGAAAUCUCAAAGCCACGCCCAGUCAGCUGUGGGACACUGAGCAAAUUGUCUGCAGCACCUGGAACAUAAAGUACAUCUUUGAUGGUUGUGUGCAGACUUGCCAGUUUUACAGUCCCUUCUGCGAUUCGCAACGUCUUUCCAUCAGCCUGGUGGAUCUCUCCGUCUUGAGGUGUGAAGGAGAUAAACAGAUGCUUAUCUUUUGCCAGAUGGCGGGUGCAUCCCGAAUCAACAAUAAAUCUGGCUUUGGCCUUUGGAGCAGCUUUUACAGCAAGCAAAACCUUGUUUUCCACAGGCUUGGGCUUCUGCUGCUUGCCCCCCUGCUCCUGGCCAUCAAACUUGCCUUUGGCCUUUGGUGAAGCAUUGCCAGCAAACGAAACCUUGUUUUCCACUGGCGUGGGCUCUUCACCCCCCUUCUGCUUCGGGCCAUCUGCUGGCUUCUGUCUCUGUUUACUUCUGGCCUUCCGGCCUCUGCAAAGACGAUGACCUUGGCUCUCAUGGGAAUCAGAGAUCUCAGCUGCCAACUCCUUGGCUCCCCCUGGAGGCUGGAAUGCUGCCUGGGAUGACAUCACAGUCAGCUCCCCCUGCAGCUUGCAGCCGGUGCCCUCGGCAUCCCUGCAAACAUUUUCAUUCUGGGAAACAGCCAGGACCUCCGAUGCAGUCAAACUCUGGGCUGGGAUGACCGGCAGAUGGGCUACCUUCAAAGCAUUCCACAUCUGACGUGCAGUCGUCUUGCCAGCUAGCGUAGCAAUUUCCUCCAGAGAGACGGACAAGACAAUUACGUCUAUGGCCCGUGAAUCUUGGGCCCUCCAUCUAUCUGUCAGAGGAACUGGAGGGGCUUCACACACAGUAUUCCACACUACAAACUGUCGUAGCAAGCUCUCACAGCAACUUGCCCAAGUCUCAUAAUUGUGCCGAUUAAACUUUGGGCACUCAGUGCCUUCAGAGGCUUGGAAAAACUCCAUUCCAGGCUUUUACUUGCGCCGUGAGCCUUUAUGCCUUCAAAAACUUCUUAUCUCGGCAGCUCAUAAAUCAUGAAGCCUCUGGCGCGGCUCCCAGGCCAAUUAAGCCAGCCGGACAUCAAAGACACUCUGCCGCGGCAUCAGAAAAGCCUUGACUUUUCCACAUACCUCAACGCAGUCUUUUGCAGUCUUACUCUCCUAUAAGUGCCGUGAAUCUGGGCCCAUAACCUGUUGUUGGGAUACUGCCAGGGAGACAAAGGCCAUCAUGCCCCCAAGCCGUCUCCGUUGCGAUCCAUCGAUCUCCCGUAGACACGCAGUAUCGUUCAAUUAGCGACACGAGCUCCAGAAAUAGCUUGCCACAUUCCAGAGCUGGUGCACGCUCUAUCAGCAGAAUUCACACAGUGAAAGAUGCACGCAGGAGAGCAUUAUUUACAACUUUAUUCAGCGUUGGUCAGAACAAAGAAAACAUGACUGCCUGCGUUGAUGUCUCAGGCACAGAGAGAGAAACGAAAGCAAUAGACAAAACAUAAACUUCCUGUGAACAGGAAAUACGCAGACUCUGUGACUCACAAAGCCUGCUCCCUUUUAAGGUGAAACGGAAAUAUCCUAACACUGAAAAGAGUUGGAUAACAAUCAUAUGCCCUCCCUGCUAACAAACCUGAAAGAAUCCUCAUUGUCGUGUAACCUUCCUGCAGACAAAUCUGAAUAUACUCUCAAUAAAGUCUGGGCUCACAUAACCUCUCUGUGCAAGUUGUGUGCAAACAAAUCAGGAUGAAUAAUCAAUAAACAGGGGGCCUAAGUGUUACACAUGAUGUAGCAUUUUAAAUUUAAUCACUUCCUAGGCAGUGAUAUAUCACAGUCAGAAUCCAAAAGGCCGUUUGCACUGCCUCUGUGUGUCUUUUUUUCAGCCCCACCCCCUUCCAGUGCAUCCUUUGGCAACAUGUCCCCAAAGUCAGAAGACCUUCCAGAUCCUUCUGUAAGAUGUAAGCAGCUGCUGGUAGCAGAUCUGCAUUCAUCCAGCAGGGCUUCCCCUUCCUCUUCUCCUCAUGAGGCCUUCAUGCUCCCCCCCCCCCCCCGCCGCUGCCCAGAGCUGCUCUGGAGGGUCCUCCAACCAUCCAGAACAGAUGCUUGGGACAAGUGAUGGGAUGGGCUUCAGAGGGAGGCAAGAAAAGGAAGUCCCAUGCCACCUUAAAGGCUACCAGAUUUGUUGUGGCACAGACUUCUUGAACCUUAGAUCCAACUUCAUCAGAUCAUGAAGUUCCUUAUGUUUUCUUUUUUCAAUAAUUGAACCCCCGAGAGCUCUGAAAGGUAGCACUACCUUAAAUUGUCUCUAAAACAGUCAUAUAAAGCCAACGAACCAGAUAAAACAUUACAGCUAUGACUUCAGCACCUCAGUUAAUAUUCUACCACCCGCUUUUCCUCUAUCCUCAUUGCAGAAUGUCUGCUUAAUAACAUGUUCAUGCUGGUUCUUCCACCAUAGAAAUUUGACCCAUAUUUUAUUAUGGCAUCUUAAUAAAUGCUGCCACAAAAAUGGUUGUUUCAUAAGGGCGUGCAACUUGUUGUUUUCCUUUAUGGCCUGCUACCCUCCAUGUGAUGAUGGACCCUAAUUCCCAUCAGCUCCAGGCAAGCUAGCCAAUAAUCAAGGAUGCUAGGAGUUGUAGUUGAAACAACUUCUGGAAGUCACCACUUUGGUUGCCCCUGGUAUACAGCUUCCAUACCCACCUUUGGCCUGUUACAAGAGGCAAAGUAUAAUUAUGCAGUGGGAUGUGUUGCCUUUGUUUCUGUGUAACCUUGCAUUCUGUCAAGCUGUUGUGCAAUUCCUUGCAUGUUGGCUUUUCAUCAUUGUUUACUGGCGCUUUCCGCUCUUAAUUGCAGUAUUUAUCUCCAUAUAUAGCUCAAGGAAACCAUUCACCCCUGCAAUUCUCUCUUUUUUUGUUUUAAAGAGGUGGCUGCACAAAUUCCUCAUCCUUUCCUUAAUUCCCUUCUGUUGUAAGGAGCAUGAGGACUCUGAAUUACCUAGAUUACCUUUUUUAACUGUAAAAGUUAAUACUGUAGCAUGAGUUAUAGUUGCCUAAUUGUAGCUUGUAUUUUGGUAAGCUAACGUAAACUGACAGUAUUUCUAAGCUGGUGGAAAAUAGCAUUAAGGCAAAUCUUCCUUCUCCCUAGGCUUUCACUUGCAAAGCAAGUUGAGUUCACUGCUCUCAUUUUCAUGCUACUAUUUCAAGCUAUAACCAUAAUGGUCGCAUGUCCCCAAUAAAACGAACAAACCACUUCAAGCAAUAAGUACACUGCCUUUGUUUUAGCUUUUAUUGUGACCUUUCCAUUUCUCUCUUGGCAAAUGGCCUUAAAUUGUUCAGUCGUUUUAAAUUACCUAAGUAUUUCCUUGUUUGUUUUUUUAACAAGAAUGACUUAGUUCAGCAAUUUUGCACUGCCCUAAAUGAGCUGUGCAACUCUGGAUUUGAAGGCUAUCAUAUUUACUGGGUUGCUUGAGUCAAGUCUUUAAUGUAAAGGGGAGGGCAGAAGAAAGGGGUGCAUGUUACCAGACGGUAAAAUAUAUAGUGGAGAAGUACCAACGAAACCUUGGAACUGAACGUAGAUGCCAAUCUAUGAAGAGUGUUCAAAGAGGUCGAUUGCAGUUUGCUCUUGAAUAUAGUGGUCUAGAUUUAAUAAGAUGUGAGUAUGAAAUCUACCCUACUAUUCAUGAGCAACUUUGCAUGCAGAUUCAGCUGAACGGGGUGGAGGACUUUAGUUGGUACAGCUUUGCCAGUCCACUGAUUAUCUUCAAUUCUCUUUUCAGUGAAACGCUUCAGAGAACCAAAGCAUGAAAGGCGUCCUUGGAGAAUUUGGUAAGUGCUUUGUAUUGUUCCUAGAGUGCCUUACCUUUCCUAGAUGUUCAGCUCAUGGACCUUGGGCGAUACAUUACAAAGGACGGGCAGUUGCAACCUGACUACUGUGCAUCAGAUUACGAUUCUGUGUCCUUUUUAAAGAAGAUUGUAGUUGCGUUACAGGGUCUUCCUGUGCCAGGCAAACCUGGGGCAAAUAAUAUCAAACUGCAGGAGCAGCAGGUCAUUUUGAAAUUUAAAUCAAUUUAAAUUUAAAACCUGUUCGCUAGAGCAAAGUACAUAAUCAAUCUGCAUUUCCCUCGACUUCCCCUCCCCUCCUUUCUGUGGUUCCUUAGUGUAUAUCUUUUUGUUACUGUAUAUCCAGCUCAAGCCUAUUCACUGAUUUCCCCUUUGUAUUCCCUUUCCCUUAUUUCUUAGUGCACGUAUUUAUUCUGCUAAUGUUUUAAGUUGUUUACAUCUUCAGAUAGUCAAUAAAUUUUCCCCAAUCUGUUUUUAAAAAGUCUCUCUUCUUGGUUUCUUAUUCUUCCAGUAAAUUCCACCAUUUCUGCAUACUCCCAUCAAUUUUAAUUGCCCGUGACAUCUUUCUCAUACUGCAGACAAAUCUUCUGAGUUUGAAAGUCAGUGCCCUUAGCAGGAUUUAUUUAGCAUUGGUUGUUUCUUCCUGUCUCUCCCAGAUUAGGAACUGGCUGCCUAUUGACAUCAGAUUGCUCCGUGUACACUUUUCAGUGCCUGCUAGAAACAUUUUUGCUUGGGCCGUCCUACCCAGGCAGGCAAGAGUUGGCAGGUGUUUUGAUCUGUUUUUAGCUUACAGUUGAUUUUAAUUAUAUUUUUAUUUGUCUUAAAUAAUGUGUUUUAAACUUGACCCUUUAUUGACAGUUUUUCAAUUUUUUUCAUUUUUGCAAAUCACUUAGAGAGGUUCGAUUUACCGUCAAGUAAAUUAGCCACAUAAACUACCAGUGCAGGGGUCAAGGUGUGUGGAAACAGAAGUGCAGAGAACAGUUAUCCAGUAUCGGUAGCCAAUCCAGAGAGGUAUGGGAUGGGUGCUGGCCUGCAGAGACUUAAGUGACAAGGGGAGUUCAGCUGGCAGGAAUGGAGGGAAAGGUGCAGUGUAUGGGAAUGAGGCUUACUGGCAGAGAAGAGCAGAGCUGGCAGCUGAGGCAGUGGUGGUGCUCAUGAGGGGUUUGGAGAAAACAAGACAUGGAAAGGAGGCAAAUUGGGGCUGGCUAAGCCCAUCAGCUCCAUAAUUUUGAGUGAACCUGGGCAUCUGUUAGAUAGGAAAUUUCGCUCUCCAGCUUAUUUAAGUUUGACACACGGGUCUAGAAAACAGAGGAAUAUAUUGGAAUGUCUAAUAAAAAAUGAAACUUGCCUGCUAAUGACCCUUAUGAAUGAAGAGCACUUGCACUUCAUUCCCUCUCACCCAGUCAAGUUAUACUUGUGAAUUUGAGACUGGACUUUGCCAGGCAUGCAGGAAAUUAAAAAAGUGAUGGGGCUUCUCAUGGUUGAGGCAAAAUGCAGCCCCCCGGGACUCUUUCCAGCCCUCACUGGCUCUGCUCUAUACUCUCCAGAGCCUUCCCCUGUUGGAAUAUGUAACUUUCACUUUGAUGGAGGAUGGAAGGGCGGGGGAAUUUCUAGAGAAACCUGUGACUUUUUGUGUUGCUGGGACAUAGUUCUCAAACCUGCCAGUCUUCACUUUUGCCACUACCCCACCUUAUUAGCAUGCCGCCCCCUGGAAGGUUCCCCAUGAAGAAAUGCAUUAUUUGGGCUGAAAUGGGUCUCUCGUCUCCAGGAUAAAAAGUUCAAAACUGCUUCUGCACCCUUGGUAUCUUUCUAAGAACUUGCAGUUUUAGAUGAGGAGAUCUGUAUGGUCUGUGUUUCAUGUGAUGACCACUUUUUAAACUUCCUGUAGGUUUUUGGAUACCUCCAAACAAGCCAUAGGGAUGUUGUUCAUCCACUUUGCCAAUGUGUAUUUAUCAGACCUUACUGAAGAGGACCCUUGUUCACUGUAAGUAGUGUGUGUGUGUGUGUGUGUGUGUGUGUGUGUGUGUGCGCGCGCGCGCGCAUGCGCACAAUGCUUUAUAGAACCAUCCUGCGUGCUGUUUUAGAAUAAUAGCCAACAAGGUUUAGAAAUAUUGGUCCAACAAAGUUUAAAUUUAGAUUCCUGCCGCACAAACUAAGUUAGAAAUCAAUGAAGUAGGAUCCUGCUUGGUCGGGCCAGCAAGUCAGAUGCUUCAUAAACAUCCUUGUAGUGCAGAACAGCAUCAAGCUACUUCUUUCCUGCAAUGUACAAGUCCCUUCAAAUGAUAAACCCUAACUCUGAAACGCUAAUAUUCCUCCAGAUGGAGCAAUUCUGUCAGAAAAGCUGGGAAAUAGAGAUAAUCAGUCACAGCUUGAUUGUUUUCCAGGACAAUAGUGACCUCUGGUGGGCUCUAGUAUAAUAAUAGCUCAAAUUUAUGCAUCCAGGUUGAUCAAUCCAAAUGUCUUAUUCCAUCUAGCCUCUCAUUCCACAGUAAUGUAUUCAUGUAGUGUGUGUUUUUUUAUUAAAAAAAAUCCACUUCAAACAGAACUUCUAUUGACUUUUUGCUUGCGCUUUUGCAUUUGAGCAUCUACAUGCACAUAGAUUUUUAUCUUAGCAAUUGCUCUAUGAGGAAGACUGAAGCUCAAAAUGAGUGACUGGACCAAGUAUAUCUAGCAUGCCUAGAUAUAAGCAGGGAUUUGAAUCUGGAUUGCCCUGGUCCUAGUCCAACAUGGUAACCACUGUACUGCACUAGCCCUUGAGUGUGCCCCUGCAUACCUAAGCUUGCUACCUGACCACUAAAAAUGAAGAAUGAAGAGUAGCAUAUCUUAAAAUUACUGUGUGAUUAAGUUGCUAGGCAUCUUGAAUAGGUGACAGCGCUGUGAAAGGCAAAGAUCUAGGUGGUGGUGAUGGCUGAGAGUCAUAUGGAUUGGAAUUUUGAUUAUGGCAGCUGCAUAGGUCUCAGAUCUGUCCUAUUUCUUUUGUGUAUUUUUCUUAUCCCUUUAGGUACCUUAUCAACUUUCUGCUGGAUGCCACCUUGGGAAUGCUGCUAAUUUACGCUGGUGUGCGGGCAGUAAACAGCAUUGUUGAAUGGCAGCAGUGGGAGUCCCUUCGCUUUGGUGAAUAUGGUAAAGAUUUUGAUGCCUUAGAAAGGAAUUCUUUUGGGGCUGAGCUGCUUAAAUAACUUACUAGAUGGGCAGUUUUAAUGUAUUUGGCAUAUCAGCACCUGCAACUGAUUUCCAAAGGUGCAGAUAUUUGAUUGCUAUACAUUGCCAAGAUGCAAGCUGGAGUGAAUCUCCUAACAAAGCAAUCAGAAAGCAGCACAUCAGCUGGCUGAGAAUGAUGGCUGUGGUCUGCAACAGAUCUGGGUUUUUUCCAGCAUUGAGACAUAAGGACUUUAGUCUUCUGCUCUCUCAGAUGACUCCACCUUUUGUCCCUUACGAUUAGAACUGCCUCCCAGAAUCAGUUAAACGUUAAUGCCCCCUUCUCUUACUUCCUUCAGAUACCAGCUCACAACCCACCUGCUGUGUGAAGCCUUCACCCCCUAGUCCCCAUCCCCUAGUGUCAUUAAUACUAUGUAAUUGAAAUAGUAAAUAUUUUUCUUCUGUUUUCCCCUGCAUCCAUUUCCCUUCCUUUGUCUCCUACGUCAAAUUUUAGAUUGAAAGACCUAUCCUCUUGUGUUUUUGUAAAAUACCACUCACGUUACGAGCAUGAAAUAUAUAAUAAUUUGGACCUGGAAUAAUACACAGUAAAUCUCUACUCACGGGUUCUCCCCCUCUGUCUCAUCUCCAUACCCAACUGCAGUAGGAGACUUGCUGUAUCUGUUAAAGCAUCCUGUACAAUUUAGAACUCUAAAUGUGCAGAUUCUAAAUUCUACAGGCAGCAUCCACAAACACAACAGGCUCCCUGUUGCAGGCGGGGAAGAACUACCCAGCACAUCCCCAUUCUUCCCUGUAUUGGAUAAAGAAAAAGAGAAGACUAUCACAGGCUCAUGUGAAGCCUCUCCCUGCCUUGGUGGAAAUAUUUCAAUGCUGAAUCGUGUCUAAAUUGAAUUUCUUACUAGCCACCCUCAAAGCAUCCUGCAUCUAGGAGAUCCUGGAAAGUCCUUCUAUUCUUAACCCAAUAGGGAGUCUUGAGCUCAUGGAUGUGCUUUUCUCCUCGGGUGAAAUGGCUUUGUACAGUUACUGGGUUUAUCUUUGUCUCAGAUUUUCCUGAGCCCAGUAUUCAUUUCUUCCCCCACUACUUUCAGUUGGGUAGUGGAUUCAGGGAGACUCCAGAUGCAAAAAAAAUAAUAACUCUUCCUCCUUGCAAAGAGAUUUGCUCCCCGCUCAUAUUAGAUUGAGAAAUAAAUGUCUUUGCACUUAAGUCCUGAAAGUGUUUAGGAUGCCUUGGAGAUCAUAAGUCAGAAUUACUGAGGUUCAGCAGUGCAGUUUUGGCCAAGUUCCAGAGAUGAACUUUAGGCAUGCCCAGUGGGAUUUCUGACUCUGCGCAGAAAUCUCUUGCAAUAUCACAAACUGCUCUGCAAAGCUUCCUCUGUUUCAAAAGUGCCAGGUGGGAAGUAGACUAAAGGAAGAGAGUAUUUUAAUUCAUGCUUAAGAUUAGGAAAAUGAGCAUUCUUUUCCCCCCUGAAUUAACUAAUGAAACACUCCCUGACCUUUCUUGCAUUUUCAGAUUGCCUCCUAUGAGCUCAUUCACUUUCCUAGAUGUAUCAUUUGAUCCCUAGCGAUAGCUUGAUAUUACUUCAGUAGGACAACAACUCUGUUCUCAUAUUAAAAGCCUGUCUUUUUAUGGAUUUAAUUUGAUAGUGUCUUGGGAAGAGAAUUGAUACCUCAACAUAUGCAGGCGGAGCUGCUGGUGAUAUGGCAGAUUGAGUUGCAUGGGGAGAGUGAGGGAAGUCUGAGUCUAAACGCUGGCACUUGUAUUUCUUUCACAGCCUCAUUUGAUUGAUAGUUAUAUUACAUAUGGGUGCUACUAUUUCAGCAGAGAACAAAAGUAGCAUAAUAAGUGAGAACCAAGAAACUGCUAAAAUGCAUGUGUGCAUUUUCUGACCUGUGGUCAGGAAUGAUGGCAAGUGUAGUUUGCAUCACAUUGUCCACCCUUGGGCUGUAGCCUUGCAAGCUUCCUACUCUCUUCCAUGUAAAUUCAGCUCUCCUUUGUUUUGUCAGCAUUAGCUACGGUGCAGCAUUACGUCUGUACAGAUGCUGAUCAGUCAGCUUUCAAACAGAGCUUAACACUUGAAGUUGAUCCUCCAGGGGUUGGUGCAGAUGUAAUGCUUAUACAAUGGUUAACACCAUCACACAGAAUUUAUAUCUACAUGUAAUAAGCAUAAGAGGUGGAAGUGUGCAAUCCUCUUCCAAUCUUUUAACCAUAUUUAAAAGAGUGGCAGCAUUAUGUCUGCAUUCAUUACCAUCAUCAUUUUAUUUGUAUGCCGCCUUUCCAUAGUUAAACAAAUGCUCUAGGCGGCUUACAACAUGACAAGAUUUACAUAAUUACCAACAUAACAGAAGUCACAAGCAGUAAAUAAAACACAACCAAAAGUACACAACCAAAUAGAAAACAAUUUCCACAUAAAUCAUAAAAUCUAAAACUAAGAAUACAGCAUUAAUAUCAAUCACAAUAUAAAAUGACAUAGAUUUUAAAAAAGCAAUUUUAAAAAAAGGAAACAGAGCCCUCUCUGCUCAGCAGCAGCAGCAGCAGCAGCAGUUCUUUAUGGAGCCUGUCAGGCCCCUCCCCAAGCCAGGUGGAGAGAAGCAGGGCAGGGCCCUUCAGGUCAGUCCUUGCAAUGCUUGCAAUUGAGCAAUGCUUUGAAUGGAAAGGCAGCAUCCGCCGAAUUAUCGGCUGUUGUCUUUUCUUCUUGGCCUCCUGUCAUUCAGUUAAGGUAAACUUGGGCUGUGCAAAAUGGAUUUUGUACACCAACUGCUAAGCUAUUCUAAAACGGAGGCUACUAAAUUUCUGUUCCAGUCUUGAAACGUUUAUUGGGGGAGGGAAAUACUUUUAUUUGUUUGAAAGUCUUACUACUAUUCCUACUUUAACCUGAGACUAAGCAGUGCAACAAUGACUUUUGCAUUUAUCUUUUGUACACAGGUCCAUUCAUACUUGUAUGUAUCUGUAAUGAGGAAGUUGGGCAUAUAAGUGAGGGUUUUCUAUACUGACGCCAGCAUCAAGAAACUAAUUCCUGCUUUGGCUUCCCUACCUGUUUAUCAGGACACUUCUCUGGUGGGGGAAUUCCUGCGGUAAGGGAGACAUGCAGUGUAGAAUGUAGUGUAGAAAGAGAAACAGCCCUCAAAUUUUGGUUCCCUUCCCAUGAUAUUUAAGUAAAGCUGUUUAUUUCCUCUGAAAAUGGUGGAAUAGUGUUCAACCAGUAUUUGAUACACAGAUAAUGAGUUUCUCAUGACUGACUAAUAAUAAUUUUAUUUCACAAGCACCUGGAUAAAUCCUAAGAUCUCUAUACAAUAUAAAACAGAUAAAACACAACCUGCUUCCCACCAGACUUGUAGUGCGAGUGAGCAGAAGGGAAGGGGCCACGAAAUACAAUUUUGAAAGCCUGAGCUCUGCCAAAGCAAAAUACAUAAACUUGCUUCUUCUUUUUUAAUGGCAGCUGGAAUCCCUUGUAACUUGCAAGUUGCCAAAAUGUAUCUUUAGUACAUGUGAAGAAAAGAAGGGAAAAGAGGCUAAGGAAAGGCAGCUUAGCGUGUUCUUUAAGUGUGGCCCUUCUUCUUGCUUCACGCUUUGCUUAGUUCUAUACAGUGGACCCUCGGGUAAUGUAACUUUCGGGUUGUGAACACGGCAAACCUGGAAGUGUAUACUUCCGGGUUUCACUGCAUGCACAGAAGCACUCUAUCAUGCCGUGCGCAGAAGCGGCACCUCACGUUGUGGACAUUUCGGGGUACUUAAGGACCCCCGAAACAAAUGAAGUUUGUAUCCGGAGGGUCCACUGUAUAGGAAUUGUGAGAUGUGUGCAUCUGAAGGUACUGUGGAAUAAUGAGAUUUGCUACAUUGGGUGACAGGAGGCACCCAUGCAUGACAGUACAUGCAUGUAAUUUAACAUGAGUCUCAUUGACUCCAGGAAAAUAUAUGAAGGAUUGCUGUCUUCAUGUGGGAGAAUUUCAAGGUUUCCAGAAAUACACAGAAUUCCUCACUGCCCCAUGAGAAAUGAGCGUGCUCUCUUGCAUCCAGUAGCCACUAAGAAUAUUGAGUGUCAAUUGGAAAAGAAAAUUGGGUUUGGGAGUGAGUUGGUCUGCGUCUUGUAUAUCCUUCUGAGUGACUUCUUUUCUGGCAAGAUGCUCCAAAAAGGGACCUGAAGGAUCUUGAUCAGGAGAGUAUUUGGAGCCACAAAGAAAUGUUUGUCUCUUCCGGUGUUUCUGUGGGGAACAGCAGUAGAAAAAGGGAACUCUGCUGCGUUGAGGGGGGAUGAGAGAAAUCCUAUACAAAGAUUGUAUAUUUUAAAUGUUACUAUUGAAGCAUUAAGAUAUAUUAAAAAUGGGGUACUAACCUGCAAAUAGAGAGAGCUGUGGGUAUAUUUCAAAUUCCACUGAACAGAGAUGGUUUCCAAUAUACCAAUUCAAAAUCUGGACUGGAGAAAGAGGCUUGAAUUUUUAUUGCUGAAAUGUUUAUUAAUAAUCUGUUAUUAACUCUAGACAGAGUUAUAUAUUUAAUUGGCGGUGCAUGGGAUAUACUUCAGUAACACUCUUUAUUAGAAAUUUCCAGACUUCGAAGCGUUAAGUGCUCAAGUGUUAUACAGCACUGACAUAAAAAAAGAUUAUAAACAUCAAGACCAGCAAGUAAAAUAUCUGGUGCAUGUCUUUCAAAGCCAUGCCAGAAAAGGAAAUGACCAGGGCCCAUUCCACAUUACAGCUGUUUGAAGGUAUUCGAGUUUCCAUUGCAGCGUUCUCAGGCUCAGCUGUUAGUCUGUAUUUGAAGAUACCAUGAAACUGACUUGAAAGCAGAGAGGGAAAUAUCAUAAGAAAUAGCUGCAUUCUAGUUGUGCUGACACUGCUUAUUGAGAACCAUUACAGCAAAUCAGAUCAUGUGCAGAAGCUUUUUAAAACUCGUAUUUUAGCUAGUGCUUUGUCCUCUUAUCCAAUUCUCAUAUGUGAGUAAACAGGAAGACUCAACUCCACCGGGUUUGUUUGCUUUUUUAAAAAACCCAAAUUUGUACUAGCCUGUUUCAGGUAGUCCAUUUCCCUCCAGAGCAGUAAGAUAAUUAAAAACUCCAAAGAAUCCUAUUGCGGCUUCAGCUAAAUAAUUGUAAAUAGUAUUGAGAAUGUGAGGGGUUGUACAGCAGCUAUAUUUGAGAUAGUAAUAUGAUCCUAGUAGACUAGAGAGGAGUGAAUAGUGUCAAUCUUAACAAGCUUGUCUUCUGUACAUGGGGAAAUAACCACGCAAAUAAGGAAGCUCUGUCGUCCCCUUCUCCUUGUGCCCUCCAUCUUUCCCAACAUCAGGGUCUUUUCCAGGGAGUCUUCUCUUCUCAUGGGGUGGCCAAAGUACUGGAGCCUCAGCUUCACGAUCUGUCCUUCCAGUGAGCACCCUGGGCUGAUUUCCUUAAGAAUGGAUGCGUUUGAUCUUCUUGCAGUCCAUGGGACUCUCAAGGGUCUCCUCCAGCACCAUAAUUCAAAAGCAUCAAUUCUUCGGCGAUCAGCCUUCUUUAUGAUCCAGCUCUCACUUCCAUACAUCACUACUGGGAAAACCAUAGCUUUAACUAUACUGACCUUUAACUCAUCCUUAUUCCUUAGUUUAUCAGUCAUAGUUACUAAUUCUAUGUAUUAUAUCAAUUUGUUCUACCAAAUUUCCUUGUUCUGCCAAAUCUCUUCUUUCCAUUUUUUCCUUCUUUCCCAUUUUUCGUUUGAUAGCAUUUCUUCUUGCGUUCCUUUUUCUUCUCAUUUUCCUUUUUCUUCUCCUUUUUCUUCUCCUUGCUUUCCUUUUUCUUCUCAUUUUGUCAAGGCUUCCAUUUUUAUGGGGGAAUGCCCUCUGGUAUAUUUGACGCUGCUCAUUCACUAUGCUGGUGUCUUCCUGAGCUUGAUGGCACUUUCCACAUCUAGGGCAUACAUUGCAGCUGAGCUUCAAUUAUUACGCAUAGCUGUCAACUUUUCCCUUUUCUUGCGAGGAAUCCUAUUGGAAUAAUGGAAUUUCCUUUAAAAAGGGGGGGGGGAAUUGACAGCUAUGUUAUUAUGGAUUUGAAUAACCUUCAAGUAUUCUAGAGAGCUUUGUCUCUUUUGAACUUUCAUUUUACUAGUCCCCUCAUUUCUUAUAAGCCUUCUCUUUUGAAGUCAUGGCUGCAAAUCCCGGAUUUGACCUCCAUAGAGGAAGAAUAGUGACUCAUUUGUAUGGGCACUAAACUGUGAAAAGCUACCCAGUGACAUUUUGCAGAAGUUUAGUGAAGGGUCCAUUACCUUUCAGUAUUUUUGUUAACAACUUUGAAGGAAUGGGCAGCACCCUUGAUGAUGUGAUGAAAGGUUUCAGGAUUAGGCUGAACACACACGUGUCGUAAGAAGGCACAGUUAACUUGAAGAGUCUUUUUUUAAAAAAUUGUUAUAAGUGCUAUUGCAGUUAGCUGUUUGGUGUUUUGUAACAGUCACUGGUUAGUCACUAUUACAGGAGGUUAGUUUUCGUUUUUUGUUUGCUCAGUCCAGAGACAGUGUGUGUAUUACAUUUUAAGUUUUGAUUAGAAGAUGCAGCCAUUUGCCACACACGACACAACAUGAAAGGUGGUGGGGUUUUUUUGUUUAGGGGUAGGUUCAUUUUGUAAACACAGAAUGUUAGAGGAGCCCUCAGGGCACAUGAGAAAUGAAUGCUUCCACCUUUGUAUGUGUUCAGUUUAAACUUCUGAAAUCAUGUAAAUCUGUCUUAGAAUGAGAUUAAACAGUUUUGUUUCCAAAUAAGUGAUAACCAAGAAUCUAGUAGUUUUGCUAAAGAUUUCAUAGUGUCUUCCUAGCUACUCAGAUGCGAUUUAAGCUUGCUUGCUUGCUAACCAUUUGUGUUUUGUUUUGUAGGUGACCCCCUUCAGUGCAGUGCUUGGGUGGGCCAGUGUGCAUUGUACAUAGUCAUCAUGAUGUUUGAGAAAACCAUCAUCAUCAUAGUUCUCCUAAUACCUCAGUGGAAAGAGGUUUGAAUCUUGAUAUACAUAUAUUUAAUAGAUAGAGAGAUAGACAGACCAUAUAGUAACCAGUGCUAUAAUUUAAUUCAAUGAGACUAGUCCUGUGCCAACAACUGAAAAUAUUUGUGGUGGCUAAGCCUUAAUAGUAAGAUACCCUAUUGAAUUUGUAGGGUAUGAAUAACCAUUUAUUCAAAAACCUUCCUUCUGUCCUGUUGAGUAGAUGUUUCAGUUACAAUGUAUUCUCUCAGGUUCUUUCAACUAAGUCAUACUCUGAGUAGACUACCUGAAAUCAAUGGCAAGCUUAAGUCCAUUGACGUCAAUGGGACUUCUUUGGGUAUGACAUUGUCGGCUAAAAUCUGUAUAUGUGAUGGUAGACUCCCAGAUAGUGAAUAGGAUCUUAUCAUAGACUCUAGGGCAGUGCCAAGCAUCUAAAUAUGAAAAAUAUGAAAAAUUAAUAGAUCACAUGGUAAACUAGAAGCAGGUGACAUGCCUAUAUGUUCUGCAACUACAUGCAGUUUCCACCACCCCUCUUUUUCCAGUUUGAUCCUUUUUCUGAAUUCUGCUUUCAUGAAGCUGACUAGAAAAUUGCAAGGCCUGCAACUAUCGAUCUGCCUUGUAUAAAGAAGUUCCAGAUGCAGAGGUCUCUGGUUCUUGGAGCUAACACUAUUCAGGGCUUUGAAUAGUAUUUCCUAGGCCAUUUAUUUCAAAAUACACUUGUUGCUGACCAACAGUGCUUUUUAAUCAUUGCAGAUUAAAGCAAUUAAAUGUCCGGAUAUGUUUAAUGUUCAAUUUAUUAUUUCAAACCCUAGUGAAAUAGGUACACAUCUUAACAUCAUUUAAGAACAAACCUAAUAUCGUCAUUAUACUACAGUGGUGCCUCGCAAGACGAAAUUAAUCCGUUCCGCGAGUCUCUUCGUCUUGCGGUUUUUUCUGUCUUAUGGCACGGCUAUAGCGGCUUAGCUACUAUUAGCGGCUUAGCGGCUUUAAGAAAAAGGAAACAAACUCGCAAGAACUCGCAAUACGUUUCGUCUUGCAAAGCAAGCCCAUAGGGAAAUUCGUCUUGCGGAACAACUCAAAAAUCGCUAAACCCUUUCGUCUAGCGAGUUUUUCGUCUUGCGAGGCAUUCGUCUUGCGGGGCACCACUGUAUAGGUUGUAUCCAAUGGUAUCUGUGCAUGAGUGGAACAGACUUCCACUCCUGCAAGAGGACUUCACCAUCUUUGCCUUCCUUUCAGCCCUCUCAUGCUCUGAAAAAAGUUCAGUCACAUAAUGUUGGAUUUCACUCAGUAAAAACUAUUUCAUUUCUGUCCCCUCAGCUCUUCCCAACCCCACGUCCCUUUAACUUGAUGCCACAUACAGUGAAAAAAGAUAACCUGAAAACUCAGUUGUACAUGUAUGUAAUUCCAUAAUAUUAAUGUGCUUCUUUCUCUCUUUGCAGGUAGCUGUAUUGAAUCCUAUAAAGAAUCCUCAGUUGGAGCUGGCUAUUGUCAUGCUAAUAGUCCCCUUCUUUGUAAAUGUUGGUAUAAACAAAUGUUUUCUGGAUAUUUAGUGUGUUUAAAAAUAUUUAUACUUGGGAGUGCAAAUACAUUGCAGUGGCACUUGACAGAAUAUAAAAAGCUGAUGCCAUAAAAAUGUAAAAGGUUAAUUGGCUUUGAACAUAGCAUUUAGUUGUAGGACAGGUAUCAAUUUUUUCAUCAUUUCUAAAUCCUCUUCAAAGAAAUAGUGGUUUCUCUUCCAUUAUGGUGAUUGUAAGAACAUUAAUGGAUAAGUGGGAACCGCCCCCCAUACACAUACACACUUUGCUUUCAAAAGUAGGGAAUAAUCAGAAAUCAUUUUUAAAAUUGAUUUUAAUCCCAUUCAGAUUGAGGCACAUAAAUUGAUUUGAGCUGCUUGUCUGUUCUUUGACUGUGUUCCACUACUCCGUGAAGCUAAGCGUGCUUACUUUAAAGGGGCAUUUUUCUUACACAAGUUAAGGCUCCUGAAGAUCUGCACACAUUCUGUUGGAAGUACGUGCAGAUGCACACUAAACAAUGACCACAUUGCUAAGUGUAGCACUAUUUGCUUUUUGUGCCAAACAGUAUGUUUCUGUCCAUAGUCAAGACUUUUCAAUUAUUAUUAUUAUUAUUAUUAUUAUUAUUAUUAAUACCCCACCCAUCUGGCUGAGUUUCCCCAGCCACUCUGGGCGGCUCCCAAUCGAGUGUUAAAAACAAUACAGUGGUGCCUCGCAAGACGAAAUUAAUUCGUUCCGCAAGUUUUUUCUUCUUGCGAGUUUUUCGUCUUGCGAUGCACGGUUUCCCAUAGGAAUGCAUUGAAAAUCACUCAAUGCGUUCCUAGGGAAACCGACUUCAGACCAGGUCCGGGGACAGUCUGUCCCCCGACCUCUUCUGAAGGCUGGGGGGGACAAGGGCUUUCUUCCCACCCACCCCAGCAUUUUAAAACCCCGGGACAGCGGAGGGCUUCUCCGCUGUCCGGGGCGAUCUUAAAAUGCUGGCGGGCGGUAUUUAAAAUUGCCCCGGGACAGCGGAGGACUUCUCCGCUGUCCGGGGCAAUUUAAAGCCCCUGGGAAGGCAGGCAGGGGGACAAAGACUUUGCCCCCGCCAGCCUUCAGAAGAGGUCCAGGACCUCUUCUGAAGGCUGGCGGGGGGCGAAAGUCUUUGUCCCCCCCCCCACCUGCCUUCAAAAGCUGUCCAGCCAAGGCUUCGCGGACCUCUCCGCAAGCAGCGGCAGCACUGCCGCUGCUUGCGGAGAGUUGCCGGCAUGCCGAAGCCUGCGCGCGCUGAGAUCAGCGCGCCCAGGCGUCGCGGACCUCUCCGCGAGCAGCGGCCGCGCUGCCGCGGCAUGCGGCGCGUUGCGGGCGUGCCGCUGCCUGCGCGCGCGGCGCUCAGCGCGCCCAGGCUUCGCGGACCUCUCCGCGAGCAGCGGCAGCGCGGCCGCGGCGUGCGGAGAGCUGCCGGCAUGCCGAAGCCUGCGCGCGCUGAGAUCAGCGCGCCCAGGCUUCGCGGACCUCUCCGCGAGCAGCGGCAGCGCUGCCGCUGCUUGCGGAGAGUUGCCGGCAUGCCGAAGCCGGCGCGCGCUGGGAUCAGCGCGCCCAGGCUUCAGCGGACCUCUCCUGCCUUCAAAGCCGUCCGGGAUAGCGGAAGCGCUUCCCUGCUAUCCCGGACUGCUUUUAAAAUGCUGGCGGUGGGGGGCAAAACCUUUCGGCCCCCGCCAGCCUUCCUGGACCUCUUCUGAAGGCCGGAGGGGGAAGGCUUUGCUCCCCACCGCUAGCAUUUAAAAGAGGUCCUCGGAGAUUUCCCUAUGGGCUUCGUCUUGCGAGCAAGCCCAUAGGAAAUUGCUUUAUGAGCGCCUCCAAAACGGAAAACCCUUUCGUCUAGCGGGUUUUCCGUCUUGCGAGGCGUUCGUCUUGCGGGGCACCACUGUACAGCAUUAAAUAUUACUGCUAUACUGCUAAUAUGCACUUAGAUUUACACAACAUUGGGAGCUAUGAAUAAUUAUGAUACUUUGCUGUUUAAUGCUGUUGUUUCAUGUUAACCAGCUGUAUUUUGUAUUUCAUGUGCUUCUCCGUUACAAUCACAGUUUUAAAAUACUUGACCAUCAUCUGACUUUUCAAGUGGCUCAAGGGAACAACUGUGUACAGUGUAGUUGGGCAUGGGGCUUUUCGCUCUUGAAAUAUUUUAAAAGAGGAAGCAGUUUUGCACCAGGCACAAAUUGAAUAAGGUUUCAUAUGUCAAAAUUAAGAUCUUGCCUCAAGUCAGGAGGACAACAGGAUGCUUUUACACACCACUGUGCUCCCAUUGCUGCACUCAGAUAAAUAACUUUCAUAAAUGAAAUAUGUGCAGCCUUGUGCAGCUGAUCUUUCCAGAAGCAGCAUUUAUAAUAGAUGGGCCACUAUCUCAUGUAUCUCACAUCUGAUAACAUGUGUGACUAAAACAUUUAAAGGAUAAUCUAAUCAAUAUUCAGCAAGACACUUCAAAGUGCAGCAAAGUCCUAACUCAGAGUCUUCAGUGAAUACCAAAUCUGAAGCUGGCACAUAUUUCCAGUCAAUCUGUCUGCCACUCUUUAUUUUUGCAAUCAUGAGCCACAUCAGAGGGCACUCAAUUUAAAUAUAUGUUUGCUAAUAUAAAAGUGGAUAGCUUUUUGUACUUCUGUUGUCUUGGUAGUUUUUUCUUUGCAUUAUCUUACCUGCUGAGUAAUUAUACAGGAGAAAUGUGAACAUUCACUACGGGUAUAAUAAUUCUCAUAUAGAAAUGAGUUUUUGUUCAAUAUUCUAAUCCACUAAAGCCAAAUUUUUAUUUUCUAAGCAUGUUGUGAAAUGUGCUACACCUGGGUAGCUUCCCGAUGUUGUGGACUAUAACUCCCAUCAUCCCUAGCCAUCGACCAGGAAAGCUGAGGUUGAUGGGAUUUGGAAUCCAACGACAUCUGAGAGGGCACCAAGUUGACUACUCCUUUUUGAAACAUCUCCUUCAUGUUUUCUUUAUAAUUGAAGCUGCUGAACACAAGUUUAAGGUGCUCAGCAUUCUAAGUGGCCCAUUUAACUUUAUUUGUGUGUGUGUGUGUAGAUAGAUAGAUAGAUAGAUAGAUGCAGUGGUACCUCGGGUUACAUACGCUUCAGGUUACAUACGCUUCAGGUUACAGACUCCGCUAACCCAUAAAUAGUGCUUCAGGUUAAGAACUUUGCUUCAGAAUGAGAACAGAAAUUGUGCUCCGGCGGCACGGCAGCAGCAGGAGGCCCCAUUAGCUAAAGUGGUGCUUCAGGUUAAGAACAGUUUCAGGUUAAGUAUGGACCUCUGGAACGAAUUAAGUUCUUAACCCGAGGUACCACUGUAGAUAGAGAGGUGAUAGAUAGAUAGAUAGAUAGAUAGAUAGAUAGAGAGUCUUUACUGUAAGUCUCUUAAAUAUGACUGCUGUCUUAUAGAUUGAAUGACAGAUAGCACUUAACACUGACUUUUCCAUCAUAACAGGCAUUCAUGUUCUGGGUAGUUGAUAACUUCCUUAUGAAGAAAGGGAAAACAAAAGCUAAACUUGAAGAAAAAGAAGCUGGGCAGGAUUCAAGGAAUGGAAGCAAAGUUCGAUACAGAAGAGCAGCCUCACACGAAGAGUCUGAGUCAGAGGCAAGUUCUGCAUUUGCUAUUCCUAUAGUUUACAGUAAGCAAAUGAGAAGGGAGUGAUGGCGCAACCUUAUGUAACUUUAGCUUUUGCUUUUAUUCCAAUAAUGGUACUGUAUCUACUCCUUUUUGCAGUGUUGAUAAAGGGCAAGGUCAAUAGUUACUUAAAGACCCAAGUGACUCAUACAUACUACUUGUUUAGCUUACAACACUUCCCUCUCCCCCUUAUAAAAGUGUGUUUGCAUUUGAAGAUACUUUUGGGUGAGUGAGGGAAAACAAAUACGAGUUGUGUCUAAUUGCAUGUCAAAAUUUUGCCUAUAGAUCCUAAUUUCAGCAGACGAUGAAAUGGAAGAAUCAGAUGUUGAAGAGGAUCUUCGGAGACUGACUAACUUAAAGUCUGUAAAGAAAAAGAAGCAUCGAUUUGGUCUGCCUGUAUGACAGAUUCUGUGGCCUGCACAUUUGCAGGUUUUGUGACAGAUGCUUCUAUGGACAGUGGAUUUUUCACUUGGCAACACUAUGCUUAUUGCCUGGAAACUGACUCAGAAGAAACAGAACAUGGAUAGUGGGGAAAGCUACCUGUUCAGUUGCACUAUGGAAACACUGACCAAAUAUGCAAGAGUACCUUUUCAUCAUGGGUGGAAAAAUUCUUGUUACCAAGGCGAUUUGUACGUGACCCUUUUGAAAAAGGCGCCAUAGAGCACCAUUGUUUCUGCUAUGGUUCCUGAAUGAUAUUAUGAGAGAGACGUCGGAUUAACAACAUUUGAAUCAGUAUGUUUUAUUACUAAAAAAAAGGCUUUUGCAACAUAUUCCUAGGACAGAAUAGUUUUGCAGUUACAAAUCGUAACUUAAUAUUCUUAUGUAACUUUACUUCUUAAGGGUACUUUUGGCUGUCAAAGUUGCCCCACCCCCCUACCCCAAAGCUCCUCUAACCUAUUUGAACUUUUAUAUUUAAGUUAUAUUUUCAUACUGGGAUAUUUAAGGAUUGUGUUUGUCAAAGAAUAUUAUGUUGUUACUUUCUGUGUGUGGUGAAAAGGUCAAAAACUUGCAACAACAAAAAAAUUUUUUUCAUUGUGUCUGUCAUAUAAAGGAGAGUCAUGUGACAAAGGGAAAUGGUGGCCAAGUGGCUACUAGUUACACAUGGCCUUGAAUGGGAGCUCUGCGCAAGCCUGGCUAAACCAAAACACAGUGAAAGGCAGCAAGUAGUUGGCAGAUUAAAUCCCUGGUCACUUCUGUGACCUGAAGACCAUUUGGUGUAUACAUGGUCCUGUGCACUUUAGCAUAAAAGCAACAAUAAUUGGCAAUUCUAUUUGUCGCUGAACAUUUUAGAGACUUCAGUAAUGUUGGUUUCUUAAGUGCUUGCAAGUCUUCUGAGCCCAUAUCUCAGCUAUUCCAAAUCUGAAGCAACAUUCCUUUUCUAUGUAUAUGAUAUUACAAUCUUUCCUUGAAACGAUAACAGAUGGGCCUUCGUGUGAUCGACAGCUAUGAAUAGUGAUGUAACAGGAUUUGUAAUUCUGUUCUUCCUUAGAGCAUUUCUUACUGCUACAAAGAGUGCUGAUCACUUUUAGCAGUAACUCAUUCCUCAAUUUCCUAAAAACAAAAUAAGGCCAGAGGUAACAGCACCUAAUGCAUAUACUCACCCAUUAACAACAUCAUGGUAGUUGCUGCUUUUGUUGUUCUGCUAUCCUAUGGUAACUCAGAAUAUCUCUCUUGUCAAUGGAAUACUUGCCUACCUGAUUUGGUGCCCACGACUUAUUUUGAUGCUAGUUACUAUUUGGCAGUUUUCCAUGCUCAUUUAAAUCUUUGAUACAACAAAACAGCAAAAGUGUUUUCAGAAUAAGAAGGGGGGGGGAUGCAAAUCUGUAAUUUAUGGUAUCUGAAUAUCAGACUGUAAUUCAAGCCUUACAACACUUUCAACGACAGGAGCUCGGACUUUUCAGAUAUAUUUUUUUACAGUUUUUAUAUGUGUAGUCUGUCUUAAAUGCGGUCGGCUACACAGGCAGCUGGUGUUGGGGGAUAUCACUGGACUUUGGGGGGUACAAUGCAAGGCUCCAUUGUUGCUUUUUGCUAGCUUAACAGCGGUAGUUCUGAGGGGAGUGACAUUUGCCUCACUUGCCAUGCUGCCCAUAAGAAGCAUCUUAAUGGGCGAUGCGUUUCGGAACUACAUAAUGAAUGGUGGGGGUUGUUUCUUUUGCACAGCAUCAUAUCUGCAAUACUUUGUUACAUGUUGGUGUUCAGGCUGAAAACAAAGGGAAAUGAUGCUUAUCUCAAUAUAAAGUUAAGCGAAGCCUCUAUUAGGAGGCGGGGAAAUGCCUGUUCUGUCAAGAAUCACACCUGAAGGCAGGUUCCAUCGCACCUUUGUGAGAUUCUUGGGGACAAAUUAGAUGUUUAUGGGAGGCCUUCUCCCCAAUACAUCCACAUCCUUAUCCUCAGUAAGAUUUAUAUGCAAAUAACAUGUAUGGGCUUCCUCUGGAUUGGGGCCACAGCAGAGGGGAAAGGAUUAAAGCACCUCUUCUCUCCCUCAUGCUUGGGUCCCCGUGCCGAUGGGGUAGUCCAUACCUGUAAUCUAUUUUUAAAAGUUCAUUCAGGGACUCAAAAUUGUGUGGAUGUCAUCUCAUUUCUGCAGAAUGGCAGAUACGGAUAUGAUUUGUCAAUUUAAUUUACUUUACCUGAGGUAGUGAAACAAACCGAGAUGAAACCGUAGGCCAUUUAUUUAUUUUUCAGUUUAAUAAUACCUAGCUGACUAAAUCCAAAAGCUUAACUUUAUUCAUUUCUUCCUGUGGCUUCAUUUACGUGAAAUGUCUGUUUUAAACAGUGUUGGGAUGGGGAAUUGUAAAAAAUGAACCCAAAGCCUUAAUUGUGUUAAAUAUUCCAACUUGGAGGAGACCUCAGAUUUACAUUUUAUUGAAUAGCAUGAGGCAUUGGAGAGCAGCUUAAUUCAAAAACCUAAAGAAUAAAGGGUACUCUGUUCAGCUUUUUUGCUGCAUUGUUGUAUUUCACGGUGCUUUUUGUGUCUUGCAGCUUGACAUAAUGAAGCAGUAUUGGCCAAAGAUGGGUUUAAAAUGCUCAGAUGUUAAUAUGUGUGCAUGGACCACAUUUAAGAACAAUAAAAAUUGCCUUUGUGGGUCGCAUCUAGAUCUAUGUUUCCCACAGCAGUCAGAUUCCUCUAGGCCAGCCUUUCUCAACUUCGGCUCCCCAUUUGUUUGUUGGACUACAACUCCCAUAAUCCCUGACCACAGGCCUUGCUGGCUAGGGAUGCUGGGAGUUGUAGUCCAACAAUGUCUGAGGACCAAAGGUUGAGAAAGGCUGCUCUAGCUGUUACGCGGGACAUCAAAUUAAUGGCCUUCUGCUGUCAAGUCCCCAGUAGCUGGUAUUUAGAGGUACACACUGCUUCUAUACAGAGGUCCCGCAUGGUUGUCACAGCUGUUUGAUCAGUUGUCUGUAAACAUCCAUAAAGCUGUCAAAGCUAGUGGUCAUUGCGACAUCACAUCAGAGUUAACAUGUGAAGAAGUUGGAGAAUGGCUUGAAUUUUGCUCUAAGCUCUUCUGUAAAACAAACUAAUUACUUUUGGAAAGGUGCAAUAGAAUAAAGGAACAAUAAUUUUGAAUGGGGGCAGGGGCAGGAUACAGCCUAGCUGAAAUUGGCUAUGUUUUGUUCUUUACAGUGCUGCAUUUUUGCUUGCCCUUAAAUUGAUUUUGGGUGUAUUGGCUUGCUCUUCAGUGAGUUUUGGCAGUUUGAAGAGGGCAGAGGAAGUAGGCAAAACCUAAGUGGAACUCUGAAGGUCAAUUUGUAAAGAUCUUGUCACAAAAAAGUGUACUUCAGUCUGUGCUUGAGAAACCUGAUUCUAAUGUGACUAAUGUGGUCCAGUUCUUUCUACUCUUAAAACAAAAAUAGUACCGUGUGCUGAAUUCAAUGGAGAGACUAUCAGUUUCCCCUUGCCAAAUGGAUGAGAUCCAAAAAUGAAACAGACCGUGAUUUGCCUCAUUGACUGUGCAUGAUAUCAUGUGCCCGACAUAAUUAUUUGGGACAUCCUGUGGUGGUUAUGUAGUCAUCAUUUUCUGUUUUUAAACAUAUUAGUGUCUCCCAUACGAUCUUUAAAUGAAAUGCUGUGUGUUAAUGUUGCUGGGGGGGAAAUGUGUUACAAGCUUCUCUUCAGGGAAAAGACCUCAUACUCGUUGAUUUGUGAACCGAACUACAGCAAUGCAAAGUGUUCCAAAGGCAUUCCCCUCACAAGCAUGUGCUUGGUUUCCAGCUAUGCCUUGCUGGAAGGAAAGCGGUGGGAGGAGGGCUGUUCAGCCUUAACAUUUCCUAUUUUGAAAUCUGGGCAUCUUCGCCCCUGUGCAUGGCUAAUUGCAGUUUGCAGCAUCCAUACAAAAGCAGUGUGGUGGUGAACACAACAAAACCAGCCACAUCGGCCAAUAGGAAACUUGCAAUACAUCAAAACUUUUGUAAAAGUUUCCGGUUAAAUGACAGGAAAUUACUAUGGUUUUACAAAGCAAAUGUGUUUUUGUUUUUUUAAGGGAUACUCUUUGCAAUUAGGAUUUUUGGGUGCAUCUGGGAUUCGAAAUAAAAAGUAGGUCCCUUGAAGUUAAAAAUGCAAGUCAAGAUGUCGUCCGGAUCAUGUUUAACUUAUGGUGUUUCAUUAAAAUGGAAAGAAUGUUAUGUACCUAAAUCAUGGUUUACAAUAAAGUUUUGACUUAAUAAAAAAA